CAGUGUAUACACACUUCAACACUAUUUAUUUCCCUUUUCAGACAGUUCAGUUAAUAUUCAACCAUCGUUCAAUCAGGUUCUGUUAGUUUUAAUCAAGUUUAAUUCAUUUAAGUUUUUUUAUUUUUUUUUUAUAAAAAAUGAAUUUUCAACAAAUUAACAACAGUUUUUGUUCACUUGUUUCGUUAGUACGAAACAAUGCAUAUCCUACAUAUCCAGAAUUCACUACAUUUAUAUCAAGAUUGAAAACAUUCAAUUUAUUUCCGUUGACUUCAUCUCAAGAUAAAUACUCAUUAGCUGAAAGCGGUUUUAUAUAUUCAGGGAAAAAAGAUAUUGUUGAAUGUUUUUGCUGCGGUAUUAUAUUGCAUCGUUGGGAAAAAGAAGAUAAUCCAUGGAUUGAACAUUCAAGAUGGAAUCCGAAAUGUGUUUUUGUAUUAUUAUCAAAAGGAAAUCAGUUUGUUGAAAAUGUAGUAAAAAAAUAUGAAAAAAUUGGAAUCAUACCAAAAAACGUUUGAUACAGCUUAUACGUUAAUUAAGUCUGACGUAAAUGGGUUACCAUCAUCUUGUCAACGAAACGAAUUUACAAAUCAAUAUAUUCAAAAUUAUGAUUUCAGCUACAGCAAUAUACAAAGUGAAGAUUGUUCAUUUAUGUACGAGUUAUUACAAUUUCAUUUUAAUUCAUUGUCGAACAUGAUAUUACAAGAUUUAGUGAUGUAAUAUAAAAAAAGUUUCUUAAUUUAUUUUAAUUUAUCGUUC